GCAUGACUUGCCCCAACUCCGCUACGCACAGGCUUCUCCACGAGUCCAGUCCUGGGUGGGAGGACCAGGGAAGCACAAGGGCCGUUAUGAAAAACCUCCUCCUGGGCUUAUCAAGGAAGAUGAGACCAAGCCAGAAGACUGUAUACCAGAUGUGCCAGGCAACGAGCACGCCAGGGAAUUUCUGGCUCACGCGCCAACCAAGGGGCUCUGGAUGCCACUGGGGAAGGAAGUCAAAGUGAUGCAGUGUUGGCGUUGUAAACGGUAUGGUCACCGAACAGGCGACAAAGAAUGCCCUUUUUUUAUCAAAGGCAACCAAAAGUUAGAACAGUUCAGAGUAGCACAUGAAGAUCCCAUGUACGACAUCAUACGAGAGAAUAAAAGACAUGAAAAGGAUAUCAGGAUACAGCAGUUAAAACAAUUACUGGAGGAUUCCACCUCAGAUGACGAUGGAAGCAGCUCCGGUUCCUCAGAAUGUAAGGAGAAACACAAGAAAAAGAAGAAAAAGGAAAAGCACAAGAAAAAGAAGAAAGAGAAGAAAAAGAAGAGAAAACGAAAGCAUAAGUCUUCCAAGUCGAAUGAGAGUUCAGACUCGGACUGACAGGCGCUUGACGCGUUCAGCUGUCCCGUCUCAGGUCAGACUCUGCGGCCCACGCAGAGGAACGUGGGCUUGGAGGGGACCGGGAGAGGAGGAAGGGUGUCUGGCGUCACGCGUGUGAUUUCUCACUCACCUUCCAGUGGAGAUGUGACCACAGGAGAGUGAGUUGUGUCCUCCAUUGCUGGCUCCAGAGAUGGCCGAUUUCAGGCAGGAAAGCUCUCUUCAGUGCCGUCCUCCCUGCUGGUCACCGUGGUUGGUGAUGCCUUAGAAAUGUCAGGGUGGCCGGACGAAGGGAUCCCUGAGGACGCUCCUCCAGGUGCUGUCACCCUCCAUAGUGAGGCUACCUAAUUCCCACAGACUUCAGCCUUGGCUUUUCUCUGUUGUUGAGGAUAAUAAAAGCCCAUUCUUCUAUUUAUUUAAAAAAUGCUAAUGUAUUUAUUUUUGAAACAUAAUCUACUUACGUGGACCAAAUUUAAAAAGUGCAUUAGAUUCAAUCAUAAAAACCUUCCUCCUCUCUCCCCGCCUCAGUUCCCUCCCCCAGUGGCUAACAACAUUCCCACUUUCUUGUGAAGUCAUCCAGAAACAUUUUACAUAUCAUAAGCAUUUUUUUAACAUAAAUGUAGCAUACUAUAAACA